AUGGCUACUCAUGACCAGCUCAAUCCACGUUCGGCUUUCAACCAACAAGCCCUUGAAGAUCCGUAUCUUUCAGGUCCUUCCGAUCUAGAAGAGUUUGGCUUUGGACAGCAUACACCAAGUGCUUCCUCUGCUGGUCCACCGAGUCGCUUAUCGUCGUUAUCACCUGCUGACCAGAAAGUUUCGACCGAUACGUCAAUGCAUAACUUUGAGUUCGAUGAUGCGCCAUUCGACGACUCCGGGUUCAUUGACUUCAAUGAGCCGGGAUCUACUGACCCUCUCUUUCCAGGCGAGACUAGUCAGUUUUCGACUUUUCCGAAUGCGGAUACUUAUAUACACACGAAGAACGAGUACCAAGAGCUUGAAGACCAGAAGCCAACACAGGUGUUGAAUCAUACCUUGGGCGGUAAUUCCAAUCCUGCUGAUGCGACUAAACAGCGCCAACCACAGCCUUCUAGAUUAGCCAUACCGAAUACUUACAGCAAUGAUGUCUCUCAAGGCCACAAUCGGACAAGGUCAGCACCAUCACUUAGUCCUAUAGUGAGGAUAUCGCAGGUCCACCGUGGCGACUCCCCCACAAGAGACAACGACGAAUGGAAUCCGCGGAAGAACAAGCGCUCGUCGGCCCAUUUGUCUCCCACAGGUGGCUCGACAGAUGACAGUGACGAUCAAAACGAGCAGAUUGGUGAUGGUGAACGAGUUUCGCGUUCUCGAGCCGAAGAUGGGUCGUGGAUUCCGGAUUCAUCAACUGGUCAGGCAGGUGUCGAGCCCUACGCUCGAAAUGAUGACUUCGGUCCUAGCCCAAAGGAUUUGGAGGAGCAACGUCAACUGGAUGAAAAAAAGGUCGAUAUCCAGAUUUGGUCCGCUUCAGUAUCUGUUGCGAAUAGUGAAACAGGCGAUACUAGCCCUUGGGAACUGCCUCGAGGCAGAACCCGAGCUGUCAGUGCUGUCGAAACACGCCAUGACUACUUCAACCUAAUAAGGCCUGACGACUCCCGCAUUCCAGGUCCUGGUCGAGUGAUACACGAACUUGAUCCAGGAAGCGACUUUGAAACUGCCUCUAAUAUAUCUCAUACGGAUUCACAUGACGGAUUGCCCACUCUCGACUACACUCCGGAAGAGAAUCAGCUUGCUCAACAGCUCAACCGGUCGUAUCCAUGGAAGGACGAACCUCGAUAUGCAUUUCCACUCGCGAUACGGACCCAACCGGAGUCCUCGCGGUCGGCUAUGCAAUUAUAUGAGGAAAUGACCAAAGAGAUGGAUAAGGCUUCUCGUGUUGGUACCUGGGGUUCACGAAGACUCAAUGACGCCGAAGUCGACAGUCUCUUGAAAUCAGAUAGCUUUUUCAAACAUCUCUCUUUGAAUACGGCAGCUAUCCGCAAACUUUUACCAAAGAGAAGUAGUAAUUCCUUGAAAGCUAAAAAACAUCAUUCUCAACCACCAAGCUUUGAAUCAGAGUCAUCCGAUCCCCCUCAGAAGAAGGAGUCAGGUCUUGCUGCUAGACUUUCUCGCCGGCCAAGUUUAAAUCGUCCCAAAUCUUCCACUCAUAUAAUGGCCGCUGCUAUUGCUGGGUCAAUGGCUGCUAGUAUCGGAAGCCACAACUCGCUUUCAGCCAGGUCGCCAGUAAGUCCUAACGGAGGAACGCUUAGUCCGGUCGUACCUUGGAACAAUAGAUCGAGAAGUAAGAGUGAAGGCUCGGGGCCUUCACCACUGAUCAAACCAUUGACCAUACCGAAAGUUGAGCAACGGCAGGGAGUACAACAAAAAUCCUCCCCUCUCGUUGAGUCUCGAGCAUCCGUAGGACUGGAUGUUGAUGAUGAUGACGAUGAUGACUCGUCUGAUGAUAAGGGCAUAUUCAUGGAUCUAGCGCCGUCUUCACAACAGAUUGUACCGACGUUGGAAGGCUUCAAACGACAGAUUUCUCUCUUAGAUCCACGACUCGAGCCUGCUCUACUUCAGCGUUUUGCCACUGAACAGUUACGUCGUUACAAGAAAUUAGUUGACGAGCAGAAUAGGCAUGCUGGAUUAGUCCAGUCUGGACGCUGCGAUGCCAAAGAGCGAUGUUUUGCGUCUGGUGGUCGUGCCAAGCUACUUCCUCCCCGAGCCAAUGCCAAAGAUCCUAGCGCUACUUACUGCCAGUUCCAAAUUCCAGGUCAUGAAAACAGCGAUGAUGACGAUGAGUUUGACGAGGAGAAUAACCAAUCUCUUGAAAAUUCUAUUAUACCCGCCGUGUUUGCUGACGGUAUCCGGAUGCCUCCUGUCAAGCGGCUGCCUGCGGAAUUUGAAUGCUCGCUGUGUUUCAAGGUUAAGAAAUUCCAGAAGCCAUCUGAUUGGACAAAGCACAUCUAUGAGGAUAUCUAUCCGUUUACUUGCACAUUCCCCGACUGUGUUGGUGAGCCAAAGUCGUUCAAGCGCAAGGCUGACUGGGUACGUCAUGAAACUGAGCGUCACCGACAUCUAGAGUGGUGGGCAUGCAACAUGCCAAAUUGUGAUCACAAGUGCUUCCGAAAGAACAAUUUUGUGCAGCACUUGGUUCGAGAACACAGGAAACCCGACCCCACGGCGAAGAAGAGUAGAGGAUCCUCGGCAAGUGGCGCCAAUGCUGCUGCACAUGAGAGAGAAAUCGCCAAGCUGUGGAAGUUGGUAGAAGAGUGUCACCACGAGACACAAAAGAAGCCUGAGGAAGAGCCAUGUCGAUUCUGUGGCAAUGUUUGCAAGGACUGGAGAAAGUUAAUGGUGCAUCUAGCGCGACAUAUGGAACGGAUUGCAUUGCCCGUCUUGCGUCUUGCCGAAGAGCAUGCUUCAUCGACAAAUAGAGCGACGAAUUUAUAUGAAACUACAGCCGCACCAGCACCCUCGAUAUCAGUAUAUAGCUCUGCCGAACCAAGUUUGACUCUAAACACGAAUAUCAUGACCGGACUGGGCGAGCCCAAUAUGUCUGACAUCAGCAGUCCCAUGCAACCAAUGAUGAUGCCAUACGAUCAUCAACAGAGAUCACACAUGUUGUCUCCCACAAUAAGCAUGGACAUGUCCCCAUCAGGCACAACCUAUCCACCAGCAUCCGCGUCAUCUUACCUACAACCCCACUAUACACCAGUUCACCGAAACUCGAUGUCCUAUCCCCCAGCACCCAACGCGAAUACAAUGGCAUUAAGACAACCAACCACCAUGACAACCGCUAGCAGCAGCAACGUCGGGCCAGCCAUCUACCAGCAACAGCUACACAUCUCAACAAUAGGCCUCGACGUGCAAGAACCGCUCUAUCAAUCCCCGCAAGACACAUGUUUCAAUCCAGAUGACUAUCUCCCCGCAUCAACGACAUCCGCUACUAUCGGAGGCUACACAUCAGCGCCCAUGGUCAAUUACACAAUGACAACAUCACCGGAAGCAGUGUCUAACGGUAUGAUUGCGGGUAACAACAAUGCAGCCUAUAUGUCAAGAUCGGCAGCGAUGACAGCGGCGCAGAUGCAGGAUAACAGCCAUACGUAUCCGCCGACUACGUAUCACUAUCAGUAG